AUGUUAGGCUUAUUAAUAUUGUUACUCUAUCCAACCGUUGCAAUGACAGUUAUCAUAGAUAAAGCAUGUACUACAGGUGGAAAGUUUAACAUAAGAGCUGUAAUGUGCUCUAAUCUGUAUCCUGACGCUUCCUGCCAAGCUCUGUACGGCUCUCCUCCAGUAAUUGGCUCUGACGUUGAUCGUAAUCCUGCCUGCUUUACUACAAACGUCACAUCCAUAGAUCAUGAACUUAAGAGUUUAUCAUCAGAAAUUUGUCCACGUCAAUGUGGCUAUUGCUGCCAAUCACCUGAAUAUAAUUGUCAAAACAGUGCAAGACCUAGAGUUUCUUGUGACCAAGUAACUCAUCGAAUGUGUAGGAAUCCAGUAUGGGAGCAAAUAUUAAUAGAAGAUUGUCCAAAUAUGUGUGGUUUUUGUCUGAGAGGCUGUGUGGAUAAUGUCCCAGACUGUGCUAUUGAUAAAACCAUUUGUCGGCGAAUGGGAAUGGAAGAAUUUGUUGAGAUAAACUGUCGAAGAACAUGCGGAUACUGCCAAUCAAGUAAUUCGAAUGGUUCAACAACGCUCAAAAGUAAAUGUAGUCAUUUCCGACCUGACAACAAUCCCAAUUGUGCUAAAUGGGCUGCCAAUGGCUUUUGUCAAGAUGAAUAUUUCACUCUCAAAUUUCGACGACAACACUGUGCAACAACUUGUGAGAUAUGUUGA